GCGGUGACGGCGUUUGUUUUCCCCGGAGUCGUGUUCCUCGGGUUGCACAAAGCCUGGGAACAGUGAGGGCAUUAGGACCAGGAGCGAGGCGCAUGCCUGCCGCGUCUGGCAGACCUUCUCGGGCCGGCUGAGCGGGGAGCUAUGUGUGAAAGGAAAUUAGGCUGCUGCCGGCUUCACAUCUGUUGAGCUGACCCGACCUGCAGGGUCCAAAAUCGGACGGCUGUCAGCUUUGCCAGACUGAGGACCCACCGGCUACCCCCAGACAUCUCAUAGCAGCCUGACAAUUCGUGCAAGGGGGGGAAGCGAAACAUGUGGGACUAGACCCCUGAGCAGAAAGGAGUCAUUAUUUUUCCCAAAGAGGAAAAGGGCAUCAAAGGGUGGGGGUGGAGGGAGGCGCAAACAGUUCAGUCUGAAGUCCCUGUGAACGGGCUUUUGGAAGGCAAUUAAAGACAUCCGCUCAGAGAGGACCUGGGCUGGGACUUGGGUCCGUGGCUUUCUGACUGUGAGUGGAAGCCGGUCUUACACACGCUGCUGGCAAAUGUCAGGCGGGGAAAAAAGGAGCAGGUUAAGUGACCGGCAAAAAAAACUUCCAGGUGGACCCAGGAAGCCCGGUUCUGCUGCCAGCUUGGAGGAACCCGGAGCAGGAGGAAACAGUGAAUUUGAACAUGACCUGUUGCGUCUGGCAAGUUCCAGCCACAUGCUGGUAAGGAAGCGGUGCAGGCGUGGACCCUGCAGACCGCAAUUCCUGCUGGUCCUCCUGCUGCUGGGAUGCGUGCUGCUGAUGCUGGCCGUGCUGAACCCUCCCCUGCCUGCCCUGCCCCAGGCUGUCCCAGCUCAGGUCUUCGAGCACAGCCCCGAAGCCGGGUACCGCCUGGACUUCGAGGAAUCCCAGGAGUGGGUGCUGGAGUCCAAGGACGAGGACCAAGAGUACGGCCCUCUGGAGGGCCUGCCGCCCUUCAUCUCGCUGCGGGAGGAUCAGCUCCUGGUGGCUGUGGCCUCUCCCAGGGCGCGAGGGAACCAGAGCCAGGGCAGGAGAGGUGGCAGCUACCAGCUCAUCAAGCGGCUGAGCAGGAGGCCGGACGAGGACGCCCCAGAGCGGGACUGGGCGGCCGAGGAGGAGGAUGCCGCGGAGGCAUCUGAAGAAGAGGCGCUGACCUCGCUCAGCCUGGAGGAGGCGCUCAGUGCCCGCAUCCCCCUGCAGAGGGCGCUGCCGGAGGUACGGCAUCCGCUGUGUCUGCAGCAGCAUCCCAGAGACAGCCUGCCCACAGCCAGCGUCAUCCUCUGUUUCCACGACGAGGUCUGGUCCACCCUCCUGAGAACCGUGCAUAGCAUCCUGGACACAGCGCCCAGGGCCUACCUGAAGGAGAUCAUCCUGGUGGACGACCUCAGCCAGCAAGGACAGCUCAAGUCGGCUCUCAGCGAGUAUGUGGCCCGGCUGGAGGGGGUGAAGUUACUCAGGAGCAACAGGAGGCUGGGCGCCACCAGGGCCCGGAUGCUGGGGGCCGCCAGGGCCACCGGGGACGUGCUGGUCUUCAUGGACGCCCACUGCGAGUGCCACCCGGGCUGGCUGGAGCCCCUCCUGGCCAGAAUAGCUGGUGACAGGAGCAGGGUGGUGUCUCCAGUCCUAGACGUGAUUGACUGGAAGACUUUCCAGUAUUACCCCUCCAAGGACCUGCAGCGUGGGGUAUUGGACUGGAAACUGGAUUUCCACUGGGAGCCUUUGCCGGAGCGAGAGAGGAAGGCCCUCCUGUCCUCCAUCAGCCCCAUCAGGAGCCCUGUGGUGCCCGGCGGGGUCGUGGCCAUGGACAGACAUUACUUCCAAAACACUGGAGCGUAUGACCCUCUCAUGUCACUGAGGGGUGGCGAAAACCUCGAACUGUCUCUCAAGGUACUUCCUGGGCCAAGGGAGGCCCAGACCUGGCUCUGUGGGGGCUCCGUCGAAAUCCUUCCCUGCUCUCGGGUGGGGCACGUCUACCGAAAUCAGGAUGCCCACUCCCCUCUUGACUGGGAGGCCACCCUGCGGAACAAGGUUCGCAUUGCUGAGACCUGGCUGGGCGCGUUCAAAGAAACCUUCUACAGGCACAGCCCAGAGGCCUUCUCCUUGAGCAAGGCUGGGAAGCCGGACUGCACUGAACGCCAGCAGCUGCAAAGGAGGCUGGGCUGUCGGACCUUCCACUGGUUUCUGGCCAACAUCUAUCCCGAGCUGUACCCAUCCGAACGCAGGCCCAGGUUCUCUGGAAAGCUCCACAACACCGGACUUGGCUUCUGUGCAGACUGCCAGGCAGAAGGGGACAUCCUGGGCUGUGCCAUGAUGCUAGCUCCUUGCAGUGACAGCCAGCAGCAGCAGCACUUGGAUCACAUGGGCAGGAAGGAGAUCCACUAUGGCAGCCCCCAGCACCUGUGCUUCGAUGUCAGGCAAGAGCAGGUGAUCCUGCAGAACUGCACCAGGGAAGGCCCUGACAUCCAUCAGCAGCACUGGGACUACCAGGAGAAUGGAAUGAUUGUUCACAUUCUUUCUGGGAAAUGCAUAGAAGCUGUGAUGCAGGAAAACAAUAAAGAUUUGUAUUUACGUGAGUGUGAUGGAAAAGCCAGCCAGCUGUGGCGAUUUGACAACGUCAGCACCGUGGAUGAACAAUGAUUGCCACCAUCAGAAGGAAAAGAGAAAUGUGGCCAUAGAGGUUCAACUCAAGGGAACGAUAGGAGCAUGUGCAUAUCAUGAAGGAGAC